AUGGCCUCCGCCUCAGGCACCAUGUUGCCAGAGAAGCAGUUCCAGUGCCCCAUGUGUCAGCAGGUGUUCACCGACCCGGUCACCACUCCCUGCGGUCACAACUUCUGCCAGGCCUGCCUCCACAGCGCCUGGGACGGCCCGGACGUCUGCCAGUGUCCCACCUGCCACCGGUCCUUCAGCCCCCGGCCCGAGACCAGCAUCAACUCUGCCUUCAAGGAGCUGGCGGACACGCUGAGGAACAUGGUGGUCUGCUCCUCGGCCCCCCCGCUGGCCGCGGCCCAGCCCGGUGAGGUGGUGUGCGACGUCUGUGCCGCCGCGUCCCUGCAGGUCAGGGCCCUGAAGUCCUGUCUGGUGUGUCUGACCUCGUACUGCGCCGCCCACCUGGAGCCUCACCAGAGGGUCUCCACCCUGAAGAUACACAAGCUGAUCGAGCCGGUGAAGGACCUGCAGGACCGGAUGUGCAAGAAGCACGAGAGGCUGCUGGAGAUGUUCUGCAGGGACGAGCAGAAGUGUGUGUGUCUGUUCUGCACCGAGACGGAGCACAAAGGUCACCGGGCCGUGGCCAUCGAGGACGAGAGCCGGGAGAGGAAGGUCCAGAUGAAGAAGACGGAGGCAGACUUCCAGCAGAUGAUCCACGAGCGUCUGAAGAAAGCAGAGGAGAUAAAGAGCUGCCUGAAGCUCAGUGCAGUGAGUGCCGAGAGGGAGAAGAAGGAGAGCGACCGUCUCUUCUCGUCUCUGAUUCGCUACGUCCAGGAGAGACAAGCCGAGGUCUCCACGGAGGUGGAGGAGAAGCAGCAGGCGGCCGAGAGGAGGGCGGAGGAGCUGGUCACGGAGCUGCAGCAGGAGGUCACGGAGCUGCGGAGGAGAAACACCGAGCUGGAGGAGCUGAGGACCUCUGAGGACCAUCUGCACGUCCUGCAGAGGUUUCCCUCCGUCACGUCGCCUCCACCCUCCAGACAGUGGACGGAGACCAGCGUCCACCCGGAGCUCUGUGUGGGCACCACGAGGAGAGCGCUGUCCAAGGUGGGCCACACCCUGAAGAACGAGCUGGACGGCCUGAAGCUACAAGAGAUGAAACGGAUGCAGAAAUAUGCAGUGGAAGUGGAGUUGGACCCGGACACCGCCCACCCGAACAUUGUGCUGUCGGCCGACGGGAAGCGGGCGGGCCGCGGCGAGCUGCUGCACGUCGUCCCCGACAACCCGCAACGCUUCGACCCGGUGAUCUGCGUCCUGAGCAGGAGCGGCUUCCUGUCCGGGAGGUUCUACUACCAGGUGGAGGUGGGGACAAAGACCUUCUGGGACCUGGGCGUGGUCAAAGAGUCCGUCAACAGGAAGGGGAUGAUCACGUCCAAGCCCGAGAACGGCUACUGGACGGUGCGGAUGAGGAACGGGGACGAGUACCGGGCUCUGGACUCGCCCUCGGUCCUCCUGUCCCUCCGGGACAAGCCUCAGACGGUCGGGGUCUUCACGGACUACGAGGCCGGGACGGUGUCCUUCUUCAACGUGGACAACGGGUCUCACAUCUACAGCUUCACCGGGUGCCUGUGGUCCGAGAGGAUCUUCCCCUUCUUCAGCCCCGGGGUUUGUGAUGAGGGGAAGAACACGGCGGCGUUAGUCAUCACCGCCGUCAAUCCUGAGACUUAG